GCGCGCAUGCGUAAAUCUGAACGCCGCGUCAGUCGUUCCCUAAAUCUACGUGGCUUUACGCACAGCGGAGUCAGUUUGUUACUUACAGCUGAACGAUUGCUUCGUCCUUUGAUUUGUCAACACAGCCUCACACCAGGAUGGAUCAGGUCAUGCAGUUCGUGGAGCCGAGCAGGCAGUUCGUCAAGGACUCCAUCAGACUAGUGAAAAGAUGCACAAAGCCAGAUAGAAAAGAAUUCCAAAAGAUUGCCAUGGCAACAGCAAUUGGAUUUGCCAUCAUGGGCUUCAUUGGAUUCUUUGUCAAACUCAUCCACAUCCCCAUCAACAACAUCAUUGUUGGUGGUUGAAUCAGCUGCAUUGUGAGGCCAAAUGGACCUUUGGCUGCCUGAAAGUGUUGGAUGAUGGACUGAAUGCGAACAUUUGUAAAAAAUGUUUUUUUUUUGUGUGUGUUAACAUUUAUAUUUGGCUGUGUUAAUAAAUCAAAGGCUACACUA